UUGUAAAUCAUAUUAUUAAAGCUUAGUAUCUUAGUUCAAUUAUUACACCUAACCACUAAAAUUUAUGAUACUGCAAAAAUAAACAUGAUAAGCCGUAAUAUUGCUACAAGGAGACUGUCAGUUUUAAAUAAAAUACUUAGUACUAGUGUUAGACAUACAUGUGCUGGAGACCUGAAACGUCAGUACUCGACCUCAACUAAAGGUGAGAAGAUUGUUUCUAUUGGAGACGUUUCAAAGACGGUUAAUCCAGCCAAGCAUGCAGAAUAUGUACCAAGAAAGUAUUUAUUGGAGCCUCUGUCCCAGGAUAACUUACAUACUCUGCGCUGGAUGAUGCAGAAAGACAUUUUAGGUCAAGACAUGUUUCUCCUGGGUGGGCCUGGGCCGCGUCGCGCAAGACUGGCUCUAGCCUACCUAGAGUUGACAGAGCGGGAGCUGGAGUAUGUCGCACUGUCGCGUGACACGACCGAGAGCGACCUCAAGCAACGCAGAGAGAUACACUCAGCCACUGCUACUUACUUUGAUCAGAGUGCAGUAAGAGCAGCGGUGGAAGGAAGAGUUUUGGUUCUCCAAGGUAUAGAGAAGGCUGAGCGCAAUGUUCUACCUGUCCUCAACAACCUUCUAGAGAAUAGAGAGAUGCACCUGGAGGAUGGUCGGUUCUUGAUACCAGCCUCUAGAUAUGACCAGCUGUUAAAGGAGCACGGUGAGGAGGAGAUGAAGAAGUGGGGUUUGGUGAGAGUCAGUGAAGACUUCCGAGUGAUCGCGCUGGGUCUGCCAGUGCCUGGGUACACGGGUAACCCACUAGACCCGCCUCUGCGCUCACGCUUCCAAGCUCGGAACAUAUCUACUCCAUCGUACCAGAGUCUACUAGAGUGGCUAUCAGCUGUUCAUCCCUCAGCACCUCAGUCCCAGCUGGCUCAGCUUGUGUCAGCAGCUUCUACUCUCCUCAGCCCAGAGUCCGGCACCCUCGGCCUACCAGACUUUCCCACUGACAACUUGGACAAGGCUGCCCAUCUUAUGGCAGUGUUUCCGUGGAUCAGUGUGAGAGACGUAUUCUCUCGGCUCUACCCCUACCAGAGUCUGCUGGGUGCCGAGGGUUGUCGGGCGGUAGAGGACAUCCUCUCGUCUUUCAGAGUGCCACAGGUCGGGGCGGAAUACGAGGUCACCAGGGUCGAUGUUGGAGAGGGUCAACACACCACCACUGCAGUGGUACAUGCUGGCUUCAGUAAAGCUGAGGUCCAGGUAAGGUGUGGUUCAGUGAGCCCCGACAGGCCUCCACUCACAGACUAUGUAGACACGGAGAGUCAGAGACGCAGCCUGGGCCAGCUGUUCCAGAGCCAUGUGGCGGGGGAUGUGUGUGUGGUCGGGCCCCGCGGCUGUGGCAAGUCUGCUGUAGUCAACAUGCUAUCACACAUGUUGGGGUAUACUGUGGAGCCUAUAGUGCUGUAUCAGGACAUGACCAGUCGAGACUUGAUACAACAGAGAGGAACGUUGCCCAAUGGCGAUACAGUUUGGCGCAACGCUCCCCUCGUUGCAGCAGCUCUGGAGGGUAGGUUGGCAGUACUGGACGGACUACACAGACUUCAUCCGAGCACUCUGGCUGUACUUCAGAGGCUGGUGCAGGACCGAGAACUCCAGUUGUACGAUGGUACGAGACUAGUGUCCCACGAGAGGUACGACCAGCUAGCGGGUGAGCUGGGUGAGGAGGGACUGCAGGCAGCUCGGGUGUUACGGGUGCACCCAUCCUUCCGGGUUGUAGCACUAGCCGAGCCUCCGGGUGGAGGGGCGUCCCAGUGGCUAAAUCCUGAGGUACUCAGUCUGUUCCUGUACCAUCAGAUGCCAGCACUGAGUCAAGAGCAGGAACUGCACAUUAUGCAGAAGAAGUUUGGACGUGCUGCGCCCGCAGUGCUGGAGGUGGUCAAGCUGAGUCACAUGCUGCGUAACUCUAGUGACCCGACUCUGCAGUCUCUGGCCUCGUCACUCUCCACGCGACAACUGCUGCGUGUCGCACGGCGGGCUGCUGCGUACCCGGCCUUGGGGCCUUACGAAAUUGUGCAGCAAGCUUGUCUUGGCAAGUUUCUGCCUCCCUUGGCGCGUCAGGCUCUGGAAGCAGUUCUGAAGAGGUCUGGUAUACGACCUGAGCAGAAGAGCCACAGUGCUACCACUACGAUACAACUUACAGACGACUCGGUGACGGUUGGCGACACUACGGCAGCCCGAGCACCUACUACAGCUGCUAGCAAAGUGCCUGACAUCCUCUUCUAUGAUAUUCCCCAGCAUGUUGUACUGCUAGAGAGGCUACUGCAAGACUAUCUAUUAGGAGAGCAUCUGCUGCUUGUAGGUAACCAGGGAGUGGGAAAGAACAAAAUAGCAGACAAACUGUUGCAACUGCUCAACCGGCCGAGGGAGUACAUACAGCUUCACAGGGACACUACAGUACAGUCGCUGACUCUGAGAGCCAGUGUCAGAGAUGGAGUGGUGGUGUACGAAGACUCUCCCUUGGUACAGGCAGCUCACACAGGUCACGUGCUGGUGGUGGACGAGGCAGACAAGGCCCCCACUCAUGUCACUUGUAUACUCAAGACUCUGGUGGAGAGUGGAGAGAUGAUAUUGUCAGAUGGCCGCCGCAUAGUUCCUGCUGAUGAUCCACGAGCUGUCAACCAGAGUCCAGGCAUCAUCCCGCUACAUCCCGACUUCCGGAUGAUUGUCCUUGCCAACAGACCGGGCUUCCCUUUCCUUGGAAAUGACUUCUUUGGAGCACUAGGUGACUUGUUCAGUUGCCACGCUGUAGACAACCCCAGUGCCCAGUCAGAGGAGGCGCUGCUGGCUCACUAUGGGCCGGACGUUCCGUCGGAGACUGUGUCUCGGCUAGUGGCUGCGUUCUCCCAGCUGCGUGACUUGGCGGAUCAGGGUCUGGUCAGCUACCCGUACUCUACUCGAGAGGCCGUCAACAUCGUCAAACAUCUCCAGGCUUAUCCCAAAGACUCGCUGGAAGACAUAGUGAGCAAUGUGUUUGACUUUGAUGUCUACAGUCAGGAUCUUCGAGACACUAUACUGCAAGUGUUAGCUCGACACGGCAUCAACGUACAACUCUCACUGGCCGAACAGAAACACCGGGAAUAUCUACAGCUGACUGUACAGAGGGAGAGCGGAGAGGAUGUGUCGAGUCCCAAACAUGGAAAAGUGGAUGAGAAGGGAGACCCCCAUGUGGGGGGCAAUACCUGGGCCGGGGGUACGGGGGGCAGGGACACUGCAGGGCUCGGAGGUAAGGGGGGCCCUUACAGAUUGGACGCUGGACACACCGUCUACCAGGUGAGUGAUGAAGAGAAAGCCGCAGUGCCGGAGCAUGUGCGCAAGGCUGCGCGGGAAAUGGCACAGAAAGCAUUUAAGGAGAAGCUGCGCGAGAUCAAGAUGAGUGAAUACGACGCCUCUCUGUAUGAACAGUUCUUCAUGGCCGUCAGCAAACAGGUACAAGCCCUGAGGGUUAUAGUGAACAGCCUUCAGGCAAGAUCCAGGGACAGACUGUGGCUGAGGAAUCAGACAACAGGCGAACUGGACGAUGCUAAACUUAUCGAAGGGAUAACGGGUGAAAAGAACAUAUACAAGCGCAGAGGAGAAAAGGAGCCGGAGGUUGGAACUCCUCAGACAAAACCUAAGAGGCUCAAGCUGGUGGUGGAUGUGUCAGGCAGUAUGUACAGGUUCAAUGGGUUUGACGGAAGGUUGGAGAGGGAGAUGGAGGCGGUGGUUUUAGUGAUGGAGGCAUUCCAAGGCUAUGAGGCUCGGCUUCAGUACGACAUUGUAGGUCACUCGGGAGAGGCUGACUGUAUACCACUGGUGGCCCCCGGACGACCUCCGGCCAACAACAAGGAGCGGCUAGAGGUUAUCAGGACUAUGCACGCUCACGCUCAGUUCUGCAUGGCUGGUGACCACACACUGGAGGCUACAGCCCAUGCUGUGAAGUCUCUAGCAGAAGAGGACUGUGACGAGGCUAUUGUUAUUGUCCUAUCCGACGCCAACUUGUCUAGAUACGCCAUCCCAGCAAACAAACUCACCUCCGCACUGACACUGGACCCUCGCGUGGACGCUUACGUAAUCUUCAUCGGGUCACUUGGUGAUCAGGCUACAAGACUAGUAGAGGCGUUGCCAGCUGGCAGAGGUUUUAUCUGCAUGGAACUUCACUUGCUACCACAAAUCCUGCACCAGAUAUUCGCAUCAUCUAUCCUCAAAACCCGAUGACAAACCUGAUACUAGAAACCAAUUUCGUAUACAAUAUUUUUAUACAAUUUGUACAAUGUUUAAGGGUAUGUUAGGAGUUAGGUUAUCUAUAUUUUUUAAGUAAGAAUUAUGAUUCACUCUUUAUCAAUAGUAUAUUACCAUCGAGCUUAGGGUAAAAUGUGAUUUUAGCUUCCUUAAUUUAUUUUACUUAUAUAGGUUUCUAUGUGGUUCUUCUGUGAUAGACUAAUGUGAGUCUUAUACCCUAAAGUUGUGUUUUCACACUAUAAUAAAUGUUGAAUAUGUUUUA